AGUGACGCAUUGCAGGUGCGCGUCGGCCAAUCGGCGCGCGCCGACCCACGGUCCACGCCGCCGCACCCGCCCAAUAUAAAACCGACUAUCCUUUGCGGAUUAAAUGUAAUCCCGUGCUGUGCGUCCCGAGACAUGGACUACGACGUUCGAGACAUACGCGUCUGAAAAAUCGUAUAGCGCAUUGUGAAGUGUAUCGAGAAUCGACGAAUGGAUAUGAAAUUGCGGUGAAUCGAGACGACGAUUCGGAACGGUUCGCUCGCGAGCUCGACGAAUCGCGGUCGCGAGUUUCCCGGCGCGGCCGCUCUGCGAGUGAGGGCGGCAGUAUCGUUUCAACCGUCGGUCCGUGUGGUCGCUUUUGCGGCGUAGUCUGUGAUUUUUUAGUGUAGCUCCAGAUAAUCCAAGUUAAUCUACAAUGGCGGAUCAGCUGACAGAAGAACAGAUCGCCGAAUUCAAGGAGGCGUUCUCAUUGUUCGACAAAGACGGCGAUGGCACCAUCACGACCAAAGAGUUGGGCACCGUCAUGAGAUCCCUAGGACAGAACCCCACAGAAGCAGAGCUUCAAGACAUGAUCAACGAAGUUGACGCAGACGCUGUGUUUAAUGCGCGUGAUGUACAUAUAUUGCUGUCUCGUUCUCCCACACCUCAUAUGCUACUGUUGGAUAAGUAG